CAUCGCCGAUCGCUUCACACUAGUCUAAUUGGUCAUCUCGUCUAAAGGUUAGAGAGCUUGCAGCGCACUCUGGCCGACUUCGCUCUCUUUGAUCGAAAUUUGUCAGAAUUUUCACAUUGAAAAUCAUCUCCCAGCGACCAUGAACGCGGAAAAGCUAAAGAAACUGCAGGCCGAGGUCCGUAUUGGCGGCAAGGGCAUGCCCCGUCGCAAGAAGAAGAUUGUGCACACAAAUUCCGCUGUGGAUGACAAAAAGCUGCAGCUGUCGUUGAAGAAGCUCGGUGUGAACACCAUCCCCGGAAUCGAGGAGGUUAACAUGAUCAAAAAUGACGGAACGGUCAUCCAUUUCAACAAUCCGAAGACACAGGCUUCUCUGGCCACCAACACAUUCGCCAUCACUGGCCACAGUGAAUCGAAGCAGAUCACGGACAUGCUUCCGAGCAUCAUUACCCAGUUGGGACCGGAAGGACUUAACCAGUUGAAGAAGUUGGCCAGUGCAACGGUGGCUGAGGAUGAUGACGAUGUGCCGGAGUUGACCGAGAACUUUGAGGAAGCCUCCAAGCAAGAGGUGGAAAAUAUUACCCAGAAGGUGCAGGAGAUUCCAGUUUCAUAAAUUGUCGCCCCCUCAUCCUACCCCAGUCUCGCCUAGCCCCUACUGCGCGCCUCUUCGCUCCGUUUUCAACAAAUAUUAGUCGCUCCCAUCCCCACAACGUCGUAACAAAAUGAUAAGGAUGUGUUUUUUCUUUGUGCGUGCUGGUUCAGAGCUGAAAAGUUCUGCUCGUCGUAAAAAAAAGUGCACAUCUUCACACACCACAAGUCAGUCUGUGAACAGCAUUCAGGAUUGGUCAGCAGGUAGCAUUUCCUCAAAAGGCAUCCCAUUUCUCGCGUGCCAUUUGAGCAGCAGCGGCAGCAGACGAGAACUUCAUCCCUCUUGGAGCUUGGGCGCCGGUCAGCUUGGACGAAAUCUCUCGCCGGCCAGUUGGAAAUGGGAAAAUCAAUUUGCAAAAGUCAUCUGCGAACACUCUGUGACUUGUACAUAACAAAGAGUUAAAUUGAAGAUCAAGCUAACAGCAAAAAGCAGAAGAAUACUUCGUUAUAAAACACAUUUUAAUAAACAAAAAAAAAAACUGAAUAAAGAGUAGAUUUAAGGAAACAUAAGGAAUCCAAAAAGAA